CUGUCUUAAGAACCGUCCGAUUCAAUCAAUUAAGAUCGAAAACGAAAGCAGAGUCUGGUAUUAUUAUAAAACCAAACCUUACGCCAGUAAGCUAGUAUUGUCAAAAACCUAACACACUCUUCAAUUCAAGUUUCUCAGCAAAUAAAUAAUUGUUAUUCUUAUUUUGUUCAUCAUAGUUUUUCUUUUUCUUCUCUGCAGAAGAAGGAAUGCAGAGAGAUGAGAGGCCAAUGUUGUUGUUUCUCUCCAUCUGAACUUAUCGUUCUUUCGAAAUGGAUCAUCGGCGGUAGACAUUGCCACCGCAAACACGUCGAAGACGGUUGAUCUUUUUUCUCAUUUUUCCUCUCUCUUUCCCAAAAUACCCCUCCCUCCUUCAUCUUUCUUCUUCUAGUCUAUUGUUUUUGUAAAUAUUAACCAAGCCGUUAAGCCGAGCCGCCAUGUGUGAGAAGGAAAAAGAGAGUUCUCACUCGGCUCUGCUCGAUGGAAAAUACGAGCUGGGUCGAGUUCUGGGUCACGGAACAUUCGCGAAGGUUUAUCACGCGCGAAACUUGAAUUCCGGAAAAAACGUAGCCAUGAAAGUAGUUGGAAAAGAGAAAGUGAUAAAAGUUGGAAUGAUGGAACAAAUCAAAAGAGAAAUUUCAGUGAUGAAGAUGGUGAAACACUCGAACAUAGUUCAAAUCCAUGAAGUGAUGGCUUCGAAAUCGAAGAUCUACAUCGCCAUGGAACUCGUUCGUGGCGGUGAGCUUUUCAACAAAAUCGUCAAAGGUCGUCUUAAGGAAGACGUUGCUAGAGUCUAUUUCCAGCAGUUGAUUUCCGCGGUUGAUUUCUGUCACAGUCGCGGUGUUUACCACCGUGAUCUUAAGCCGGAGAAUCUCCUCCUCGACGAAGAAGGUAAUCUCAAGGUAUCUGAUUUUGGUCUCAGUACUUUCUCGGAGCAUUUGAGACAAGACGGAUUGUUGCAUACCACGUGUGGUACUCCGGCGUAUGUUUCGCCGGAGGUUAUCGCGAAGAAAGGCUAUGACGGUGCUAAGGCGGAUAUUUGGUCUUGCGGUGUCAUUCUCUACGUUCUUCUCGCCGGAUUUUUACCGUUUCAGGAUGAUAAUUUGGUGGCUAUGUAUAAGAAGAUUUAUCGAGGAGAUUUCAAAUGUCCACCGUGGUUUUCUCUUGAUGCGAGAAGGCUUAUCACGAAGCUUCUUGAUCCGAGUCCGAAUACUAGAAUUACGAUAUCACAGAUAAUGGAUUCUUGUUGGUUCAAGAAACCAGUUCCGAAGAGUGUGGCGAGGAGGAAGAAAGAGAAAGAAGAGGAAGAAGAAGAGAAGGGAUUUGGUUUUCUGGAGGCGGAGAAAUCGUCGAUGACGCCGACGACGAUGAAUGCUUUUCAUAUAAUAUCUUUAUCGGAAGGGUUCGAUUUGUCUCCUUUGUUUGAGGAGAAGAAGAGAGAAGAGAGGGAGGAGAUGAGAUUUGCAACGGCGGGGACGGCGAGUAGAGUGAUAUCGAAACUGGAACAAGUGGCGAAGGCGGUGAAGUUCGACGUGAAGAGUAGUGAUACGAAGGUGAGGCUUCAGGGACAGGAAAGAGGGAGGAAAGGAAAGUUGGCCAUUGCCGCCGAUAUUUACGCGGUGACGCCGUCGUUUCUGGUGGUGGAAGUGAAGAAAGAUAAGGGUGAUACUUUGGAGUAUAAUCAGUUCUGUAGCAAGCAGCUUCGUCCUGCGCUUAAAGAUAUUUUCUGGACUUCUACUGAUCCUCCAGCAGCUUGAAUUUUCAUCAGUCUUGUGUUCUUUGUCUUGUUUGUUAAUUCAGUUGUGUAAUUGUUGUUUAGAACAUGAGAUUUGUGUUGUUUUCAUUCUUAGUUUUUAAGGUAAUUUCUCAAAAAUGGUUGGUGAUUGUUAUUUGUCACUUGCCAUGAAUUGAAUUUUAGAAAAAACAAGUUUAAGAAUUCUUGUUAAUGAAUCAGUGCAAGUGUCUUUGGGUUU